AUGUUUCAACGUCUCUUCAAUACAACGAAAUGGAUAUUGUGUUUCGUCGUUGUAAGUUCCGGACCAACCUGGAGUCCGGUUAACGCUGCGGCUGUUCCAACGCAAAAUACUCCAUCAACAAUAGAAGCUCAAGCGAAAUUCUUCCAGGAUUUUUUCUCAGUACAGUUGAGUCCUUACAAGAUUGAAUUUGGUCAUGUUUGUGAAGACCCGAACAAUUGGGAGCAGCGGUACGAGAAGAAAGACUUUAAGAACCACAGGGAUAUGGGAAAAGUACGAUGGGGAGAUAAGAAAGGUGGAUAUGGAGAACAUUACUGGGAUUUAAAUCACGCAGGUCAUGUAGGGAAUCAUGGAAAUGACGAUGGCUACGAUAGUGAUGGAGAUGAUGGUUCGUACCAUGAAGACCCGCAAGAUACAAAUAAUGAAUCAAAUGAAAAGUAUCAAAAUUAUGAAAUAGAUGAGUAUAAUCCUGACGAUAAUAAAAACAAUUAUGAAGAAAGUGGAAGGGCUAAGAGAGCACAUGGAAAAAUAAAAUCGCAUCAAAAAGGGGACGAUGAACAGGAACGGCUACCGAAGGAAAAGUUACAAAUAAAUGAUAAAGAAAAACGUGAAGAAAAUGUCAAUGAAGAAGAAGUUACCAAUAGGCCAUUUAAAAUCAAACCGAAAAGACGCCUUCGUCAACAACAUGAUACGAAAGUUCCGCAGAACAAAGAGAAAAAUAACGUUGUCUUGGUGAUAAAGCAUAAAGAAAAUGAUGAACAAGUUGAAUUUCCUAAAUCAUCAGAACCAAAACAUUUCGUGCCCUAUGAAGGGGGCGCAGGAGUUAGACAGCCCGUACCUCCUGAACUUGUAACAUCUGCUUCGAUACCUAGACUCUUCCUAGACCAAUCUACGGGUUAUGUUAUUGAUCGAACAACAGGACAAGCAUUUAUGUUGCAACCAAUACCUCGUAAUAUUCACUAUAGUUAA